AGCAUCCUCCAAGUUUUGUUAUGAUUCCAAGUCUUGGUGACAUAAUUAGGCCUCAAAGAUGCUAGACCUCCCAUUUCUUGUUUGUUGGGUAUAUAUCUUUUAUGUCUCAUUCCAGUGUUUCUGCUGGUUUUUAUUAACAUCAUCACCAAUGCCAGCUGCUGGGAGGAUGCUGCAAUGUUUGCUUUGCAGUGUUCCCUACUGCUUUCCCAAUGCCUUUCCACCUUCCUGCUGUUUCACGGGGUUUUUCUGGUUUUUGGUGUUUGGGUUUUUUUGUUUUUCCUGUAGAAGGAGUAAUCAGCAGUUAGAAGUACAGAUUUUUGACUCAGAAGCACAGAUAGUCAUUUAAUCUAAUUAUUGGUGCAAUUAAGGCAACAAACUGCAAGACUUUUUGUAAAUAUGAGAGUAUAAUUAUUCAGCUGAUCUCUGUGUUAGAAAUACAAAAGGUGAGUCUCUUUGUCCUGUGUGCUUGCUUCCUUCCUAAGUUGUCACCUGUACAAAAAAUGGGACUGAUGGUUGUCUAACUUGCCUAUGUGUUUGCAAGACUGGGUAUAUAUCUGCUGCUUUCUGUCACAAGCCAUUACAAAUAACAGCAAGAGUAGCAAAGUUCAUUUCCAGCUGUUUACUGUGCAGAAAGAUAUAGCAGUCAGCGUUUAUGAUAAAGUCUCUGCUGGGAGAUUGCAAGAACAAAGUGCCAAAAUUUACCCUCCUCUGAUGCCAAGGGUCACAGAAACUUACUUAACUUCUGAUGUUCUGAGCUUUCUGUUAGUUUUUAUCUUAGUUGUUUUGUUUAUGCUAUUUGUUGAUUUGCUAAAAAUGCUUUUGCAGUCAGUGCAGUCAUUUUUGGUACAAAGCAAAGAGGAUAAAUGUGACUAUGGCCAUACACACAUACCAUUUGUGCUUUAUUUGGAGGGUAAAGUUUUGUGAAUUGGCUGUGAACCAUGCUGCCUCUACCAAAAUUCUGUUUGACCAAAAGGUUUCUGAGCACCCACUUUGAGAAACAGAUGCUGAGUAGCCCUGCAGCAGUGAGAACAGACCCUGGAUCCUCCUGAGGCAGGAGGGGCAGCAGUGUUUAUGGUGGGUUUGGUACUGUGAGUACCCAGGCACUUUGCAAGUUGGGGCACGGGUGCUGGUGCUGCCAGUUGUUUUACUGGUACUCUUUAGCCUGUGCCUGAGCUUCAACAAUGAGAUCAGUAAAGGCCAUUUGAGCUGAGAAGCAUCAGUAUGCUUUGAGGUGCUGCUGUUCAUCAGGGUCUUUAUGGGCUUUGGUUUUUGUAACCCUUUGAAGCCAUCAAACCAGCUGAAAAAGGGUAUUCUCCAUCUGGCCCUUUAGUUAUGUUGGACAGCACUGGAGCAGUUCUCUAUGGCAAAAUGGUGUUGAGCACCUGAGAACAGAUUGAGAAAGAUGAUAUUGAGAAAACUCAUCUAUCCCAAAUCAGCAAAGAGAAGCUACGCCAGUGGCUUGUGUGGUGGCUCCGCCUCCUGCUCUUCUGGCCAACUUCUCUGCAGUGCCGAGUACAGGCAGCACCAGUUUUGCAGCAGGGAUCAAGGCUCAGGGCAGGAGGCUGAGAGUUGAUGAUGGACGUCGUGGAAGGACUCUCAGGGAGACCCCAGCUGCUGCCAUGGGGAGCUGGCAUCAUUGCUCUGCUUGUGACAACAGUGACUGUGUGCUCCCUGCCCUCCCUGAUGGAAUACUGGAGGCAAUGGCGGAUGCUGAAGUCCAUCCCGGGUGCCAGCCCCUGCUAUCCUGUGCUGGGAAAUGCCCUGCUCUUCGAGCGGAAAGGAGAAGAUUUUUUUAAACAGAUAGAGUUUUAUACUGAAAAGUUCAGAAGUUGGCCACUGUUCAAACUUUGGAUAGGACCAGUGCCUGUCAUAUUUUUGUAUCACCCUGACAGUGUGGAGGCUAUUCUGAACAGUUCAAAACAUAUAGAAAAAUCAUACCUAUACAAAUUCCUACAUCCAUGGCUGGGCACUGGACUUCUGACAAGCACUGGAGACAAGUGGCGGUCACGGAGGAAGAUGAUAACUCCCACAUUCCAUUUUGCAAUCUUGAGUGACUUUCUAGAGGUCAUGAAUGAACAAGGAAAUAUUUUGGUGAAGAAACUUGAGAAGCAUGUUGACAAGGAGCCAUUUAAUGUCUUUAUGGACAUCACUCUGUGUGCCCUUGAUAUUAUUUGUGAAACAGCAAUGGGCAGGAAUGUGGGUGCCCAGAAGAAUAAGGAUUCUGACUAUGUUUCUGCUAUCUACAGGAUGGGUGAUCUAAUCCAACGGCGACAGAUGAGCCCUUGGCUUUGGCCUGACUUUUUGUAUGUGUUGUUCAAAGUAGGAAGAGAGCACAAUAGGAAGCUCAACAUCCUUCACAAUUUUACAGAUAUGGUCAUUGCAGAAAAAGCUGAAGAACUUAAAAACACCCAGCAAAAGAAACAUGAUAAUGAUGGUAACUCUGAAGAAAGUGGUUCCAAAAAGAGAAAAGCAUUCCUGGACAUGCUGCUGAAUGCAACAGAUGAUGAAGGGAAAAAAUUGAGCUACAGGGACAUUCGUGAGGAAGUGGAUACUUUCAUGUUUGAGGGCCAUGAUACAACAGCAGCUGCUAUGAACUGGGUCUUGUACUUGCUUGGACGUAAUCCGGAAGUUCAGAAGAAGGUUCACAGGGAAUUGGACGAGGUGUUUGACAAUACUGAACGUCCCGUUACAACGGAGGAUUUGAAGAAUCUUCGAUACCUUGAAUGUGUUGUGAAAGAAGCUCUUCGUCUCUACCCUUCAGUUCCCAUGUUUGCUCGUUCCUUGAGAGAGGAUUGCUGCAUUAGAGGAUAUCAGAUACCAAGAGGUGCAAACGUCCUCGUUUUAACUUAUGCCCUGCAUAGAGACCCUGAGGUCUUCCCUGAUCCGGAGGAGUUCAGGCCUGAGCGAUUCUUCCCUGAAAAUUCUAAGGGAAGGCACCCAUAUGCUUAUGUGCCCUUCUCAGCUGGUCCCAGGAACUGCAUUGGUCAGCGCUUUGCACAAAUGGAGGAGAAAACUCUUCUAGCUCUCAUCCUGCGGCGCUUUUGGGUGGAAUCGUGUCAAAAGCCAGAAGAGCUUGGUUUAUGUGGAGAAUUGAUUCUUCGUCCAAAUAAAGGCAUCUGGAUUAAACUGAAGUCUAGGAGACCAAAUACUGGAUCAGAAUGAAAGGAAUUUCAAGAGUUUACUUCCAAAAGUUUUCAGUCUAUUUAGGCUGAGACAUAUUUUAAAUACAAAUAUUUUGAUGUCAGUCCAGAAAUUUGUUAAAACUAGUUGCUAUUGUUUUAUUACAGAAGAUGCAGUAAUAGCCCUAGUUGCUCUACUUUUAUACUGCUUGUGAACUUCAUGUUAAUCUUUGAAAUGCAAGCCUUUAAUCCUUAAAUUUUAGUGCCUUAUCUGCUCAGAUGAAACUAUUCUAUUGCCACAGUGCCAUAAAAACUAAGCUAUGGUAAUAACAGCAGCAAUGCCUGUGAUGAAGUGAUCAGCUUACAUGCCAUAGCAUUUUCCAAGUAACUGGGAAGUCUCAAGUGUUUGUAAGGUUUUCAGGUUUCUUUUUUUCUGAAAAAUACAAGUGAUAAUCCUUCUUCUUUGCAUAAUUUUUUUUUUUUUUUUGGUGAUGAUUGCCUCUGUAAAGACCACACAAAAAUCUGUGAUCAUUUCGCUCCUUCUUGGAAGCAUUUAAAGUAGUUUGUAAGAAGGGAGUGGUCUGAAUUAUUUUUUAGCAAACUGUACCAAAAGCAUUAACCAUAGCAGGAACUAGACCUUAUGCAAAUUACAUACAGGAUUUCAUAAUGACAAAAGCAAUGUAUUAUUACAAAUUUUGAGAAUAAACUCAUACCAUGCCUCAA